AUGACGUCGUCUGGUAACGAUGUAUUUGCAGAGCCAAUGCCUGAGCCAAUGCCUGAAACAUUUCUUGAGAAUUAUUUUGAUGAUUUACGAGAAUUAAAAGCGGCAGGACAUCUACCUUCAAACUUCGAGGAAGUGAUGAGUUAUUCAGUUUAUUCGCUGCGAGGAAGUACUAUCGGUGCACACAAAUCUAUUGUCCUCUCGCCAGAUGACCAGCACUUCUUCAGCAUCGAGCUCGGCUUCACUGAGACUGUUGAAGAUGGCGUAAUUAAAAAGAGAAUUUAUCCUGCGACGAAAAAAAUUGAUGCAAAGUAUAAAAAGAAUUUGGUGAAACACGGAAAUCUCAAGGCGUCUACUGCCACGUUGCUCGCGAAAGGAGUUGCAACCAUGAGGAAGUUUGGCACCUAUUUCAAGUACUGCAAUAACUGUCAGAAUUAUUGUAAUUAUUAUUUGGAAGUGAUUGGUCUUGGUAAAACAAGCCAUAUUACAGAUGCCCAAAAGAUAGCGUUGGGUUCCUUAGUUUUGUUAAUAACUGCUUUAUUAGUCAAGUCGUCAUUGAAGUCAAUUGUUAAGAAAUAA